UAAGUCUGCUGGGGUGGUCUGGUUUGAGAACGAGAGAAAGGAGGGUUGUGGUUUUACUUGUGUGUGUGUGUUUGUGUUUGUAGGGGGCAUUGAUAUAUAUUUAGACCUUACAGGAAGAAGCACCUUCUUCACUCUGCUCAUGACAGAUGUAGAAGUUGAGAGAGAGGAAUGUCAGAGAGGAAGUGAAGUGAAAGAGGACAGGAGUGGAGUGGAGUGGAGGACAGAGGAGUGAUCAUCACAUCAUUACGAGCGACUGUGAAUGGAUUCUAUCCAAGCUGAUGGAGUAGCCUGAGAUCAUCCAGUUCACAGAGGAGGUCAGUGUGACCAGGAGAUUUCAUCAAAAAUACCAGAGCAGGAUUUUGGUUAUUCUGCUUCCAGAGAUUGUGUUGAUCAAACUUCAGCUCUCCAGAAAGGAUCAGAACCUCCAGUGAACUUUCAUGGCAAACCAUUUCCUCUAGACACAAUGGAGACGGACAGACAGAUGACAGACACCAACUACUCCAGCUCCCCCACUCCUACUCCCCCUCCCCUCUUCCACUGCGACUACAGCGACUGGUCUCCCUCCUUCUCCAUCAUCCCGUCUGUCUACCUGCUGGCCUUCCUGGUCGGUUGCCUCGGCAACAGCAUGGUGCUCUGGGCCUACCUGGACCGAGCUGAGGGGAGGAGACCGAGGGACAAAAAGCAGACUGGAGCUGGACAGUUCUGUUGCAGUAAUCUUCUCAGAACCAGUCAGCAGACUAUGAACAGUGCUUCCAGAGAUCAAACGAGGAAAGCAAACUGUGGAUUUUCCUCGGGACAAAGCUGCAGACCCUCCUCCCAUUCCUCCACCUCCUCGUAUCCUCCCUCCAUCCCUCGUCCCUCUCGCUCCCUGACAGACUCUCUGAUAGCCAGUUUAGCGUUAGCUGACCUCUGCUUUCUGGUGACUCUCCCUCUCUGGGCCGUCUACACAGCAAUGGGCUACCACUGGCCUUUCGGGCAACCCCUCUGCCAGAUCAGCAGCUUCCUCACUGCCCUCAACAUGUAUGCCAGCGUGUUCAGCCUGAGCAUGCUCAGUGUGGAGCGGUACUGGGUUCUGACUGGACGCCGGCACUCCAGCCACCAUGUGCCACAGAGUUGCCCCAGCAGGGCUGUGUGGAUUCUUGGAGGGGUGUGGGUAAUGGCGGGCGUACUGGCUCUUCCUGGUUUGCUGCUGCGCUCUGUCCGGGAGGUGGAGCUCGACCCUGAAUCUGAAGGUGAUUGGCAUCUGGAACCUGCUGAUUCCACAUCCGCCUUCCUUUCCUGCCAGAUGGAUUACUCCAUGCUGAUAGGAAAAGAGGUGGAGGAGGUGGAAAAGGAGAGGGCAGAGAUGUGGUGGUCUGCCGCCUUGAGUCUCAAAUCCACUCUGAUUGGCUUCCUGCUUCCUCUUGUCAUCUUACUGGUCUGCUACUGCUCACUGGCCCAGCUGCUCAACAGACAUUUCGGACGGGGUCCUCGUCCUGACCGCAGGCGCCAACGCAGGCUCCUCAGAGUCAUUGUCACUUUAGUGAUGGCGUUCUUCCUGUGCUGGCUGCCUCUGCAUGUUAAUAAAACUGUGUCCCUGCUGCUGGAGUUUGGGUUUGUCCCAUACUCCUGCUCUUUAGACCAGAUUUUACUGGCUGCUCACCCAUACGUCACCUGUUUAGCUUACCUCAACUCCUGCCUGAACCCCCUCCUCUACGCCGCCUGCGACCCAUCAUUUCGGAAGAGAUGCAGAGGAGCUUUUGUCAUGUUGUGCAGGACGAACAGAAGAGGAGUAAAUGGAAGGGAGGCAAGCAAGGAUGAAGAAGAGGAAGAGAAAGAGGAAAGGAGCUCGUCUUAUCCCACAAGGACACAGGAGGAGACAGCAGAUAGGACAGAGGAUGCAGAGGAGUAGAGGGUGGGGGAUGUGGCUGAAGAGUAACGGGCCACAUUAGCGCAACAUGAAAGAUGGAAAGCAUUCACAUCUAAUGUUUCUUCCAGGAAACAUGACAUGAAGUUAUUUUGUUUGUUGAUCAAAAAGCAGUAUAGAAAUGUAUAUAAUAUUUUCAGCAGAAUUUAAAGGUCCAAUAUAGUGGCUCCUUUCAGCAAACUAAUUCCAGUGUCACAUGUGCCCACAGUGUAUUUCAGUUUUUCAGCUCAAAAUACUGCAACGAUAUUUUAUUAUACCAUGACUG